UCAGGCAGCGGCUGUCCAUCAAUGAGUCCGCCGCACCUCAGCCUUGCAGCGCCGCGGAGACAGGUGUUUCACGCAACUGCUCAAACGUUCAGAUCUAUCCCGGCCUCAUCACAUGACUACACUGCAGUGCUCCGCGUCAGAGCAGCGCAGGGUUCAAAGAUGCUGACUAGGAAGAUAAAGCUUUGGGACAUUAACGCUCACAUCACAUGUCGACUUUGCAAUGGAUAUUUGAUUGACGCCACCACGGUCACAGAGUGCCUACAUACCUUUUGUAGGAGCUGCCUUGUGAAAUAUCUAGAAGAGAACAACACAUGUCCUACCUGCAGGAUUGUCAUUCACCAGAGUCAUCCAUUGCAGUAUAUAGGACACGAUCGUACAAUGCAAGAUAUUGUCUACAAAUUGGUGCCUGGUCUCCAAGAAGCGGAGUUAAAAAAACAAAAAGACUUUUAUCAGAAACUUGGCCUUGAAAUGCCUGGAGAGGUCAAAGGUGAGACGUGCACAGCUAAACAACUGUUCGACCCACUCCAUGACGGUGAAACAAAGCCAGAAGAUGAUUCAAAUAAACAGAAAAUGGAGGACAAGCCAGAGGAAGAACACGAUUAUCACAGAAAUGAUGAACAGGUGAGCAUCUGCUUGGAAUGCAACAGCAGUAAGCUGCGAGGCUUGAAGAGGAAGUGGAUUCGCUGUUCAGCUCAAGCUACUGUUCUGCACCUGAAGAAAUUUAUUGCCAAAAAACUCAACUUAACAUCAUUUAAUGAGCUGGAUAUUCUAUGCAAUGAAGAAAUACUUGGAAAGGAUCAUACUUUGAAGUUUGUUGUUGUCACUCGAUGGAGAUUUAAGAAAUCGCCACUCCUGCUACAUUACAGGCCAAAAAUGGACUUGCUAUGACAUCAAGUUUUAUUGCCAGCAGAACUUCAUAAGGUGCAACUUUUGCAGAGACUAUCACCCAGCACUCAGACAAUGCAUCACUGGAUCUAGCAUGUGGCACACACCAGCAAACGCACAUACCAGAUCAGAGGUACUGUUCAACUGGGACUGACUCAACAAAAGCCUGCUUCUGUGCUCUCUCCUACGUUGUGUUGGAAUCGCUCAUGUUUAAGUGGGUUUACAGUCAUAAUAUUAUUAUGAAAGGAUCAAAUGAAAUUGCACCAAGACACUUUUUUAUACCUGGUUUCUAAAGAAAAUGCAGUGUCAUGAAUUUGAUGUGUUAGGCGGCUUUGUUGUUGUGGGCACAAGAAAUCUUUUAUAGUUUACAUUUUGACUUUUGCUUUAGCAACUCUGUGAACCUGCGUGUGAUUUGGAAGUGUUUUAAUGAUGCAGUUUAUUAAGCUUUGGGUUGCUUUGGCUUUCUUAUUUAAAGGACCUUUGGAAUAAUUUUUAUAGUUUCAGCUCAAAAAUUGUGGAUUGAAGUUGGUAGAUUUUGUUUUAAAUAUCUUAUCGGGUGAAAUUCCUCUGUUCACUGCCUGAACAGUUAUUAACUCAUGAAUUUGUGACUUUAUAAAAUACAGAGUCAAGGUUUUUCAGAUAAGUCUGCUUCUAAUCACAUGGUGAUUUUUAACCCUUGUUUCAAAAUUAAACUUUUUUUACAUCAGCAGUUGCACACACCAAAGUUCCACCUCUCAGGAACUAAGUUUCAACCUUGUAUAAUACACUACUCCCGUUCUGUCUCCUGACCUUGAAAUCACAGAAUUAGCAGCACUGUGUAGAAGCACUGCUGAGAAACAUACUCCAGCAUCUUGUGGAAUCUAAUCCAGGCUCUGCAAUUGGUUAUAGUCAUUGAUGUUCAGUCCCAACAGGACAGUUCCCAUUGAUGAUUACACUUUGUAUGUCCGGCGAGCUAUAACAGUUGCUGAAUAAAUAUCAAAUGGCCCGCUUAAAUUGUUUAAACAAGAUCCUAAUGAGAUAUUUCCCUGGGAUUUCUAAGUUCAUGUCUUUUGGUGAGAUAGGGUUAGUUAAAAUUAUCAUUGCUUUUAUUGUCUGUUUGCAAUAACCAUAUAUCUUCCAUUGGAAUGUCCACAACUCUCCAGCUUUCCAAAAGGAAGUUCUCAGGAGAGGUGGUAUGUGUUUGUUACGUCACAGAAACAUCAAAAUUAUUUUGAGGAAUUUGUAAGAAAAGGAGUGGUGUUCAUCUGUGUUAAAAAGAGAAAAUUGAUAUUCCCAGUACUUUUAUGGGAACACGAUUCCUGGCCCUAAUGAUGAUAAAUUCCAAUUUGAAAUAGUGGAAAACCUUAGACUGUGGGAGAGACUAUUUGAUGGCAUUAGUGAGGGUUUAUCCCACAUUGUUCAUGGCACAUUCUGAAGGAUUGUGUAUUUAUUGCAAAUUAUAUUAUAAUUAUGUGUUUUAGUUCUUGGUAUGUGGUGGGUUUAUUUUGCACUGUGUACCAGGUUUCUAAGAUAAACGGUCUCCUUUAUAAAAGGUAGAAUAGCAUUAGAGUUGUGCAUUAACAUACCAGGGCAGAAUUAUGCUUGUAUAGUGCUCUUGUAAAUAUUUUAAUGUGUAUAACUGACUUCAGAGAUGUUGAUAUGGAAUGUCGGACCAUUGCAACUGCCUGUACAGUGACUCACAAAAUACUAUUUUUGGCAGUGAUAAAUAACAUUUUUAACCUAGGCAGCAAGAAAGUUAACAAAAUUACAGCUUCUAUAAUUUUUAUGACAGAUUAAAUGAAAUAUUAUUUCAAAGCUGUAUCCAAUAUAACUUUUGACAGGUUUUGAGGGAUAUCACAAGGAGACUUAAAAAAUGUUUGGUUACGUGGCUUGAAGACGAAAUGUUCUCUCAUUAUCUUCCUCCAGAGCAUUCACUGAAGGAAACAGCACUGACAGAAUUAACAGGCUUUCCUUAAUGCAAGGUUCAAUGUUGCUGUAACCAGAACUAGUAGGGCAAUGAAGAAACUUAAACAGUGGAAUAUUCAUUUAUACUCACCAUCCUUUCACAAAUUUCAAAGUUACCAAUAUUCAAAACUGAUUUCACUUUGAAGUUGUCUGGACAUCCAUUUUAGUACACAGCAAGAUAUCUGUAAACUGUCUAUUUCAUUUUAAAAUCUACAUAGUUAGACAAUAAAUUGGAAUUUCUUCACAUUUUAGUAACUUCAGUUAACUUAACCAUUUCUUCUGAUUUUGCUCAGGCAUCAGUUCAACAUCAAACUUUAGCUGAUGUUUGGGGAAGUUUUACAAAACAGUGCAUUUGGGAACUGAAGUAGAUUUGGUAGAAGGAACAGAGCAUUCACUGGAGGAAGCAACUUUGAUGGAAUUCAGAAGCUUUCCUCUCUAUAUGUUUCACUAGUGCAGCAAAUUUACUGCUGGGCCAUGGUACUUUUAUAAUGUAGACUGGAGCUAUUUGAAACUAUAUCUUUCCUGUGUACUUUGUGCAAAGUAUAUGCACCUUAUGCCCUAGAUUUAUGUUUAUUUAAAGUGUCACACCAGCCACACUUUUUAAUAUAAACUCAGUGAGUGGUAGUGCAAUUUUUAACAUCAGCCCCAGUAUUUUACUCAUAUGUUUAUCCUCUCUGUGCUGUUUCUUUCAGUCUAUUCCAUGUCUCUUUUGCUGCUUUCCUUAGUGUGAACAGCUAAUUAAUUACAACUCAGAAUAAACUAGACUAAGUUGCCAUUCCUCUCUCUGUUAUAGAUAUUAUCUGGAGAUAACAAGUCUUAAUUAUAUAGGUACUGCUCCUAUUCCGACAACUGUUCCACCAAAGCUGCAGCUUGUUAGACCACUGUAGAGAACACUAAAUCAGCCACGUAAUCAUACUGGGACAGACCAGGUAGAGAUUUUGUGAAGCUCUUGGUUGGUUGGUGGUCUGCCAACUCAUGGUCAUGGUAUUUGUGCUGAUGCAUACAUUACCAACGGUAUUAAAUUCAGAGUGAUGGGAUUUAAACAUAUGAAGAAUAUCUGCAAUGUUAUUCCAAUACCAUAAACAAUAUACCAUUUUCCCAGAAAGAGAUACAAAUCUUUUUCCAAGAUCCUUUUCUUUCAGAUAUACAGAGAUAAUUGUGGUUUGGUUUGUUGAGGAACAUUUAAAAUGAUGGUUCUCUUGCUGUGUUUGUGUUGUUACAUUAUCCAUGUUGACAUUUGGAAGAAUGGCUUUCUGGUUGAAUGGUGCUUGGAGCAUAAGAUGACAGUGCAGUGUUUGACAGGUAUCUUUAGCUUCUGAGCACCAGAAUGUAUAGAACUUGCACUUUGUCCACUUGGAUGCUGAAAGGUGAAAUAAUUGUUUGUACCAUGGGCAAGAAAGAUACAGAGAAUGCAUUUCAGCACAUUGAGUUUGUAUCAUUAUUUAUGCAUUAAGUCCUUUUCAAAAUAAAAACAAAAAAGUCCAAGAUAGCUUGACUGUAUCAGUGUGAAAAACUACAGGCGGACAUAUUAUUUAAUGAACUCGAGCAUUGACUUAACUGGUAUCAUUGAACAAGUCAGACAAAAAAUAUGAGUGCCUUUAACAAAAUCUAGUCCAUCUUUAGACAUUGCAUUUAUUGAUCCUUCUUACAUAUUCCCCGUAACUAAUCAGUGGUUAAUGCUGAUAAUAGUGUAUUGAUGCCCUAAGCUUAGUAGUUGAGCAGUUUAGUACCAGUUUUAAUGAGAGGAUUCUCCUAUCCUGAAAACAUCUGAUUUUGACCUUUGUGAAAUGUAUCAUUUCAAUCUGUUUUAAGUAAGAAAGCCAAAGUUAAAUGAAGAUGACAAAGCUAAGGAAAUCUGAAUCCAGCAUCUGCAGUUUUUUGAUUUUCAAUGCUGGGGAAAUGUUUGGUGUAACAGUCCAAAACUACAAUCCUUAAAACUGUGAAGGUAGGUAUUGACUUUGAGUUGUGUUUUGUUAAUGUUAAUGGAUGAGUGAACAGUUUAGAUGUGUCUUAUUUGUUCAGAAUGGGACUAUUUUUAAAUCUUUAAUAUUUUCACCUCAUCUGUUGUUCAAAUGGAAGUACUAUGUGAUAUUAGACAAAGAUAGUCUGAACUGUUUGCUCAUCCAGAUUAUAUGUUUACCUAUUGCAUUGUUUUUGAUACAGAAAGCAUAAUGUCUCUGUUUGUGUGGGUUUCAGCUUCUGUGUGGUAUCAGAACGGUAUUAUGUAUACAGCCUUUAACUCAAACCUGAAUCAGUGCUUGUUUAUUGGACAUGGAGCCUUUCAAAGGCAAUAUUGUAAGUGAGCCUUUAAAAAAAUGUUGGCUGGGGCUGAGAAUUAUUAUGUACUGUUUAACUUUAUUUUCUGUUAAGCUUUGCAGCUAUGAUCUGGUUCAUUGUCAUAGUAACACCAGAGCAAAUUAAGUUACAAUAAGCUUUGCUGUAAAUUGGCUGCCAAUUUAAUCUGAAUUACUAGGUACAUUUUCUAGCACACUGAUACAGUGAGGUAUUCCUGUGGGAUUAGGCACAAUAUUUAAUGCAGCAGAGCAGGUUGCAUAUGGAAUCAAGUUAAUUUUUUUAUCGCUGUGUGAAGGUUAAUCUUUGCAAUUAUUCACUCAUUGUCAGCAAUGUCCAGAUUUCAUGCCCUGAUUAACUUAAUUCUUUAAAAUCAUUUUCUCCUUUAGCAUUACAGUAAUAUAUAUUCUCAACAAACAAUGGGUAGGGGAAAUUUGAGCUCUUACAGGACCAUAAGACUGACCCCCCCCCCCCCCCCCCAAGCUGUUCUGUUGUUUAGUGAGGUCAUCGCUGAUGUGUGUCCAAACUAUAUACCAACUUUUAGAACAUAGAACAGUAUGGCACAAAUACAGCUCUUUGUUAUCAACAUUACCUAACUUUGAUUAAUAAAAAUCUACCAAUCUCAUACUUGAAAUUAAAAAUAACGUAACAUCAAUUAUUAUUGGUAAUACAGAGCUCCUAACUUUUACUGCCCCUUAAAUAUAUUUUCUUGCUUUGCUCCUGAAAGGGUUAAUUUUAAUUUUAGACCUAUGUUUCAGUCAUAGACUCCCCAGUCAGCAGAGAUAGUUUGUUCCCUCUUACCCCAACAGUACCGCUUACUGUAUUGAAUGAUUUGAUUAAAUCGUCCUUUACUUUUCUCAAUUUUAGGGAAUUCAUCCUUAGUUUGAUCAAUUUUUCUUUUAAUUUAAACUUUCUCAUCCAGAUGUUAUUCUGGUAAAUCCUAUACUGCAAUCCCUCCAAAGCUGAUAUACCCUUGCUAAGGUAUGCUAUCCAGAACUGCUUACAACACUCCCGCUGAGGUCUAACCAGGGAUUUUUAUUGGCAUUGAUGUGGCAUUGCUUCUGUCUUACUGUAUUCUGUUCCUCUAGAUAGGCUGGCAUUCCAGUAGCUUUUUUGAUUACUUUUGUACUUUCCAUGACAUUUUAAUGAUCAACCUCUGUGGAUAUAUGUUGUUUCUUUAGACCUCCACUGUUUCUAUCCUUGCACUGUUCAGAAACUACUCUGUUUAAUCCUUCAUUGAUCCAAAGAGGAUGACCUGCUUUGUAAUCUAUAUCUUCACCCAUUUACUUAAUCUGAACAUCUGUUUGUAAUGUAAUACUUCCAUUUGCACUGAUUACAUUACCUUAGAUACAUGGCUUUCUGUCUUUCCACUUAAGCCAUUAAUAAAUACAGUGAAUAGUUGUUUUUACCGGUCACUCCUAUUUAAACUGCCAGUUUGAGCACUUGCCUGAUUUCCCUACUGUGUGGCUCCUGCCAGUUUCUUAAUCAGAUCACUACUUUGCCUUUGAUUCCAAAAGCUACGCCUUUUGCUGUGAAAGACUUUAUCAAAUAUCUUCUAGAUGUUCAUUUUGAUAACAUCAGUUGGUAUUUCUACAUUCACUACUUUGGUAGCACUUCAAGAAAUUGGAUGACCAUCUUCAGGCAUGACCACCCUGUACAAAUCCAUGCUGGGUCUCAUUCAACCGUUCAAUAUGUUAAAUCAUUUAGUCCUUCCAGGCCUCAGUUUCCUGGCAGCAGAUGUUAGGCUAACUGAUAUUUCCCACUUUCUUAAAUAGUGAAGUAAUCUACACAGUUUUCCAAUUUUGAAGGAAGAAUUCCUAAAUCAAGGAAAAUUUAGAUUUUUGUUGGCUUCUGAAAGGUUCUAACCUACUUUGGAGCCCAUCUGGUGGCUUGUCACUCUUAUGUGCCAUUAUUUUCCUCACUAAUAACUUUUUGUGAGUCUGUCCUGACUCAAUGUUGUUCCUUUGGGAUGUCUUCCUUUGUUGUAAAUACUGAUGCAAAGUAUUUAUUCAACAUCUGCCAUUUUCUUAUGGUUCUAAACAUUAUUCCCAUUCAGGUUUCAGUAAUGUUAUUCAUACUGGCACAGGUUUUCAUGCAAGUUACUGAUGGGCUGGAUAGCCUGUUUGUGUCUUGUGCAAUUCUAGCAUUCUCAUUGUGAGAAUGUACCUCCCUGCUUUCAAGAAUCUCGGCAUUUAAAAGAGAAAAUAGAACAACCGUUAGGGUUCUGUUUUCAGUUCACUGCCUGAUAUCAAAGCUCGCUUGUACUCUGUGGUACAGUGACCAGCCAGUACUGUUGAGUGAGCCAUGUCUUGGAGAAUGAUUAUUUUACAACUUCUUGUAACAAAUAAUUUCCUGUGUAUUUCUGCUGAGGAACAGUGCUUUGUGUUGCUGAAUGAAGUGGCAGAUGAUGCUGUCGAUGCUGAGGGAUAGAACACCUGCUCUUGUAGGAAUCAAUGUGCACCAUUUGGGCAUACAAAAACAGUCCAAAUUCACAAUGAAUCUCUGCCUCAAGUUCAAUAGGACACAAUGAGAGAUUGUAAUUAUUGUUAGAUUGCACAGGUAGGGUGUGAAGACCAGCACAGAUCAGUAGGCCAUCUUGCACCUGUAAUUCACAACACAGAAUCGUUAAAACAGGGAGAUCACUUGGCCCAUCAGAUCUGUACCAGUUCAAUGCAGGAGCAAUCCAGCUGUUCCCUACUCCCACCACCCCAGCCCAUGGCCCUGCAAAUUCUUGCCUUUCCCAUACUCAUCCAGCUCUCUUUUCAAUGCCACAUUUGGAUUUGCCUGCACCACUAUCUUUGUCAGCAAAUUCCAGACUAAUGCUUUUGGCAAGGGGAACAGCUCAUUUGAUCUUCCCUUUCUAGAUCCUUUACUAAUCCCCUCACAACUUCCUCUAUACCAAGGAGAGCAGUCUCCUUACAGAGCCUGAUGGAUAUCUGGAAUCCUGUACCCUGAAGAGUUGUGGAGGCUAGAUCAGUGGAAGUAUUUAAAGGGGAGGAGUUAAAUUUUUGAAAGAUUGGAAAAUUGAGUGCUAUCUGGAACUGGCACAGAGGAAGAGGAGAGGCCUGGGAAUAGAUCAGCCAUGAUCAUAUUGAAUGGUGAGGCAGGAUUGAAGGGCUGAGUGGCUCUUAAGUGUAACACUGAGACUGGACACAGUACUCCAGUUGUGACAGAAACAGUUUUAUAAAGGUUCAUCCUGACUUACUUCCUCUUGUAUUCUAUGCCUCUAUUUUAUAAAGUCCAGAAACCCCCUUUUUCAAGCUAGAGUCAUACAGCACGGAAACAGGCCCUUCAGCCCAACGUCCAUGCCGACCAAGUUGCCUACCUGGACUAGUCCCACUUGCCCACAUUUGGCCAAUAUCUCUCUAAACCUUUCCUAUCCAUGUACAGUUGAAAUGUCUUUUCAACACUGUAGUUGUACCCACCUCUACCACUUCCUCUAGCAGCUUGUUCCAUAUCCCCACCACCCUCUGUGUGAAAAUGUUGCCCCUCAGGUCCUCUUUAAAUCUUUCCCCUUAAAUCUACACCCACUGGUUUUAGACUCCCUACCCUGGGAAAUAGACUGUGAUCAUUCACCUUAUUUAUGCCUCUCAUAAUUUUAUAAACCUCUAUAAGGUCAUCCUUCAGCCUCCUUUGCUCCAGGGAAAAAAAAGCCCAGCCAAUUCCAUGUAACUCAAGCAGUCCAGUCCCGGUAACACCUUCUCUGCACCUCUUCUUGCAUAAUGACAUCCUUCCUGUAGCUGGGUGACCUGAACUACACACAAUACUCCAAAUGUGGUCUCACCAUCUUGUACAGUUGUAACGUGAUAUCUCAAGUCCUGUAUUCUGUGCCCUGACUGAUGAAGGCAACCAUGCCAAACACCUUCUUCACCACCCUAGUGGACCCAGCGCCCAUCUCUGUGGCACACCACUGAUCACAGGCCUCCCAUCUUAAAAACAACCCCCCACUACUAUCCUCUGACUUCUGUUGUCAAGCCAGUUUUGUAUCCAUUUGGUCAACUCACCCUGGAUCCCAUGUGCUCUAACCUUCCAGACCAGCCUACUAUACUGGUCCUUGACAAAGGCCUUGCUGUGUAGGCAAUGUCUGUCACUCUGCCCUUGUCAAUCCUCUUGGUCACCUCUUCAAAAUAACUCAAUCAAAUUUGUGAGACAUAGUUUCCCAUGUACAAAGCCAUGCUGAGUAUCCCUGUUCAGUUUUUGCCUUCCCAAAUGAGGUAGAUCCUGUCUCUCAGAUUCCCCUCCAGUAACUUUCCCACCACUGAUGUUAGGCUCACCUGCCUAUAGUUCCCAGGCUUGUCCUUCCAGCCUUUCUUAAAUAAAAACACAAUAUUAGCCACCCUCCAGUCUUCCAGUACCUCAGACAUGGCUAUUAAUGAUAGAAAUAUUUCUUCCAUGGCCCCAGCAAUUUCUUCCCUAUCUUUACACUAUGUCCUAGAAUACACUUGGUCAGGCCCCAAGGAUUUAUCCACCUUUAUGUGCUUUAAGACCUCCAGCUCCUCCUCUUUUGUAAUGUGGAUAGGUGUCAAGACAUCAUUAUUCUCUUCCCUCAAUUCCCUAGCUUCCAUAACCUUCUCCACAGUAAAUACAGAGGAGAAAUAUCCAUUUAAGACCUCAUCCAUCUUCUGUGGUUCCACCCAUAGAUGACCACAUUGAUCUAACCGUGUCUCUGAAAUGCCUCGUCCCUGGAACUAAGUUGUUUUACAACCCUCUCAACGACCUUCACAUCAUUCCUAACAUUCUGUGACUGGUGUUUUGUGCAGGUCCAGCAUAAUUUCCCUGUGUUUGAGAUCUAUGCCUCAAUUUAUGAAUCGCAGAAUCCCUUAUCUUAUAAUAUCCGCUCUUUCACCGUGCCUUACGACUUCUAAAGAUGUGUGAACACAUACAGCCAGGUCCCUAUGUUCCUGAAUAUCAUUCACAACUGAGCUACUUGGUCCUUAUUGUGUCUGUCUAUAUUUUAUACCAAAGUAAAUCACUUCACACAUCUCUGGGUUAAAUUUUGUCUGCAAUUUGUCUACCCAUUCACUCAGCUUAUCUAUGCCACCUAGAAAUGUAAUAUCAUCCUCUUCAGCACUACCACAUGUACAAGCUUUGUGUCAUCAUUUGGAGGUAUUACCCUGCUCACCCAUAUCCAAAUGGUUAACAUGUAGUGACAAGUAAUGGUCCUAGCACUGGUCACUGAGGACCAUCUUCCACUCAGUUGUUCAGUCUCUCUCUUUCUGCCUUUAAGCCAAUUUCCAAUGUAUGCAGAUGGUGACCUUUUAAUUUCACGGGCUUCAGUGUUGCUUACCAGCCUUUUAUGUGGGAAUUUAUCAAAUGUCUUCUGAAAAUCCAUGCAGUUGACAUUUACUGCAUUCCCUUGAUUAAUCUUCUCUAUGAGAUUAAUACGAACGGGUGCCCACUGGUCAGUUGGACAGCUGAAUGGCCUGUUUCCAUGCUGUUUGACUCUGACUUCUUGACUCUAACACUUCUCUAAAGGUCUAUCAAUUUUUUUUCUUUGACUGUUGUUCCUUAAAACUUCCUCCACUACCAAGGUUAAACUGACUGACUUCAAGUCACCUGGGAUCCCCUUACACAUUCUUUGGAAUAAACAUUUCCCAGUCCACUAGCUCCUCCUUUGAAUCUAAAGUACUCAUUUAGUAUUGUGGUUAUGCCCCAAUCACUCUCUAUCCUUAGUUGUUUCUAUCUCUCCCUCAUAGGCAAUGCAGGGAACGGAUUCGAACAGGUGCUGAAGGUUACCACAUUGACCAGAACUAAGUAACAGUUUAUUGGUUUACAAAAUGAAUCAAAGAAAUGAAAGUAUUAUACAGAACCUGUGGUAUGCUACAGCAGCACAUUGGUAUGAAUAUAUCGACCAUAUACUCAUACUGAUCUUUUGGCAAGAGUUGUAAAAUAAGUAGAUCUGGUUUGCAUUCUUUGAAAUGUUUAUUUCAUAAAAUGAAACAUUUCAGAAUUUAUAUGAUAACUGGAAGUCAACGUUUUAUAUUCAGUGCUCAGCUGUCGUGUAUGAACAUCUUUUGGGAGGAUCAAAUAUAUUAACAGAUCAAUGUGAAAUUCAAUGGGCUUUACUGCCUUUCAAUCAGCUUUAUAUUUUGAUUUAAUCAGUGUGCUAGUCGAAAUGAUUACAGAAACUACAAAAACAUUGUCUCUUCCACUAAUGUUCCCCCCACCCUCGGCUGUUAAAAUUGUUGCAAAUAUUCAAAAGUUCAGGCAGCAUCUGUGAAGAAAAAAAAUAGUUUUGUUUUCUCACUUACAUUACAAAAACAGAAAAUGCUGGAAACAGUCAGCAUCGGGCAGCAGCUGUUGAAAGAGGAACAGUUAAUGUUUCAGGUUUAUGGCCCUUUGUCAGAACUGAGAAAGAGAAGACAUUUGUUUUCAAUGGCGGUGGGCUGGGGUGGGUAGAACAAAGGGACUGUCUGUGAAUGGUUGAGGCAGUGAAUGGACAUGGCAGAAGGAGGCUGUGAUCAGAUUGUGUUUCCUACCUGCGAACAGCAGGGCUGUGGGACGUGCGCAGACUGUAAAACUAGCCAAGUGAUAGUGCAGGUCUGAUUAAAGGUGGAGAAUUUGAUAUUGAGUCCGGAAGCUGCAACGUGCCCAGGUGGAAGGUGAGCUGCUGUUCCUCAGCCUUGUGUUGUGCCUCACUGUGAUGGUGAAAAGGUCGGAGUGGGAUGGUCAUUUUCACUUUGUUUUCUCACUUUGUUUUCUCACGUUUCCAGUUCUGACCGUUGAUAGGAAGGUCGGCUCUGUUACUCUCUCCACAGACACUGCCAGAUGUGCUAAGUUUUUUCCAGCAUUUUCUGUUUUUAUUUCGGGUUUCAUCCAUCUGCAGUUUUAUAAUUGCAAAUGCUUACUAUUGAAAUGCCCUUGAUUUGAUGCAAGCUGAUGUGGACACGUAUCAUGUCAUCUUUGCAUCUUCCCUGUGAGGCUGGUCUAUAGGCAAGUUAUUUUACUGCAAGCCCUUAUACUGGCUCCAUUGAGACAAACACCACAUUAUUGUGAAAGGACCUUUGCACCAGGUUGCUGAUGGCGGCCCAGCAUUCACUUUGGAAUAAGUGAAUAGUUAGAGCAAUAUUUUCUACACAUUGAUGUUACCACUACCUACUUAAUUUUUACACAUGGUUCUGAUACUCAUCUGCAUAUUAAGGAGAUUUUUAUUAACGUGUGCUGAGGUAAGUUGGUUUAAUAACAGUUUUGCUUAAAACCUCAUUGUAGUUCAACACAGGUUGUUUGGUGCUAACUAACUGUCGCUUUGUGUGAUUUAGGUUUAUUUGUAUUUUAGUGUUGUGUUGUGAUGACACAAAUAUUCUAUUUUCCUGAUGAAAUUGGGAACUAAAUUAGAUUCAUAUUGCCAUAUAGGGCACACUGGCAGCUUAAGAUCUCCAAUCAGCGUUCCAGCUGGUGUUGACAGCUGUAAAGUAACCAGAAGCAGCAUGGGUAUCUCCACAGAAACCUCCUUAAUUGAGUUUCUCCUGGAUCCACCACUGAGUUGGUACCAAUACUGUAUAGACUGUGCCUCUCCAGUGCCACAGAUGUGGGUUUGGUUACCUAUAAUAUUUGCCAGCUUUACUGAUGGAGUUAUUUCUCUGUCAGAAUAAAUAACAGGAAUUACUAUGAAUCAUUUUAGCCUUUAAAGUAUCUGUAUCUUGGACAGUGCAGACCAUGGAACAUGUCUUAAUGUGAGGAAACAUUCUUCUUACUGAUGGAACAGUGCUAGUGUAGAGACCUCAGGCUCUAGGAGUCUCCCUCUUAGUAUCUAGUAUUAGUUUGCACAAUUCCUUUAUCAACUUGCAUGUAAACUUUGGCUUUGCUGCCUUAUUCUGGAUUUUUUUUUAAAAAUGCCACCCUCAACCAGCACCAAACUUGAUCAUAUUUAAAGAGUAUUUAAUUUAUAAAGUUUGUUUAUUUGCGCAGGAGGGAACAAGUUAGAGUGUGAGAACUAAAAUGAAAUGUUCCGGCAUUCACGUUUUUAAAAAACUGAAAAGGGCAAUUUUGACUCCUGUUGGUUCUAGCACUUGUUCUCGCACCUUGAAAGUCACACACAUUGGACAAUAUAAAGACUGCAGGUGGGCUCGAAGCUGGAUUAAGAUAUGUUUAAGUGAGUUUCAAAUAUUAUACAGAUUUUGAGUUUAACUGAUUGUGGCUGCAUCAGUCCAUGUGGUGACCCUUGGCUGGUCACAGCUCACACAUCAGAAAAGAAAUAAGCAUUAAAACAGAAUAGUUUAUAACUGAACCGUGCUGCUCUGAGAAUAUUGUGCCAUAAUCAAGGCACAGUCUUACUGCAGGAGAUGGGACCAUGUCCCUGCCACCAACUCAGUGAUAAACAUAGUGAGAAUUGGAGUCACAUGGUUUCUCAGUAUUUUCUGUUAUUUAGGAGAUUCAGAUUAAUAAAUGAGAUAACAUCAUGGUCUGCAUUAACAUAACUUUCUUGCUAUAGGUUUGUAACCUACUGUAAAACUAAUGGGAAACAUCACCUUAAGUGAGCUCUAGUUACAAGAUAAAGAAAACCACUCAGGUUUACAUCAGAGAUCAUGUGAACAAAUACCUCACUUUAUUUCAACAAAUGGCACCACCCAGUUUAUAAUAAACUGUUGUGAUGAGCUUCAACUUUGUACUAUUCCGCUACUUAAAAUGUCUUCUGUAACGAGAAUGUUUUGUAUUGCUUCAUGUAAAUUAAACCACUUUUUAGCCCUAUAAUGUGCAGAAUUCUUUCGUUCUGUCAA